GUAGGAGAGAGAUAGAAGCGCUCGAGCACUUGGAGUCACUUCUGAGUGCACUAGUUGGACGAGACGUUUUCCAUGGGUUUGAAAGGGCACACUCUUUCUUUCCGUUAUAGCUUGGAUGAAACACAUGCACAUACUGUAGUGGGCUUCGUGUAGGGAACCUCUUGGACUUCAAUCCCAGUUUAAAAUUAUUUGAUUUAACGUAUCAAUUAACCAUGGAUGCUACCAUUUACCAAAUCAUCUUUGGGGAGUUUGGAGACCCAAACUGCAGUGUGAUGGAUUCAUUUCAAGACAGUUUCUAUGAAAACGCAUCGUUCUCUUUGAUGGAUUUUGACGGUUUGUAUUGCAAUGCCACAACGGAUGAGAUUGGAACAUGUUGGCCAAAGAGCAACACCGGACGGAUGGUGGAGAGACCCUGUCCAGAGUACAUCAAUGGGGUGAAGUACAACACAACAAGGAGCGCAUACAGAGAAUGCAUCGAUAAUGGAACGUGGGCUCUGAAGAGCAACUACUCCAGUUGUGAACCUAUUUUGGAGGAGAAGAGGAAAUACCCAAUGCACUAUAAGAUUGCUCUGAUCAUCAACUACCUAGGCCACUGUAUUUCUGUGGGAGCUCUUGUCGUGGCCUUCGUUCUCUUCUUAUGCUUAAGGAGCAUAAGAUGCCUUCGAAACAUAAUCCACUGGAACUUGAUAACAACCUUCAUUUUGAGGAAUGUUAUGUGGUUCCUACUUCAGUUGAUUGACCACAAUGUGCAUGAGAGUAAUGAGCCUUGGUGUCGCCUUAUAACAACGAUAUAUAACUAUUUUGUGGUGACCAAUUUUUUCUGGAUGUUUGUUGAAGGAUGCUACCUUCACACAGCCAUUGUGAUGACUUAUUCUACAGACAAGCUAAAAAAAUGGGUCUUCUUGUUCAUUGGCUGGUGCAUUCCAUGUCCUAUUAUUGUUGCUUGGGCCAUUGGGAAGCUUUAUAAUGAAAAUGAACAAUGCUGGUUUGGGAAAGAACCUGGAAAGUAUAUUGACUACAUUUAUCAAGGGCCGGUCAUCCUUGUGCUUUUGAUAAACUUCGUUUUCCUCUUCAACAUAGUAAGAAUCCUUAUGACCAAGUUGAGAGCUUCUACCACAUCAGAAACUAUACAGUACAGAAAAGCAGUAAAAGCGACAUUAGUGCUACUGCCUCUGCUGGGUAUCACCUACAUGCUGUUUUUUGUGAAUCCCGGAGAGGAUGACAUCUCGCAAAUAGUUUUUAUUUAUUUCAAUUCAUUUCUACAAUCAUUUCAGGGGUUCUUUGUCUCAGUAUUCUACUGCUUUCUUAAUGGCGAGGUGCGCUCAGCAGCCAGGAAAAGAUGGCAUCGUUGGCAGGACAACCAUGCCCUGAGAGUGCGCGUGGCACGUGCCAUGUCCCUCCCCACCUCACCCACCAGGAUCAGCUUCCAUAGUAUAAAACAGACCACAGCCGUUUGACCAAAUCCAAAGGUCCCCUUUGGAAAUGUCAUUUUUUUUCUAGGGAAGAGACUUGUCUUGAAGCACCUCUCCAUAAAUGUUGUCUAUUUCCUGUAUUUCUUACCCCAGCUGCAUAAGGACAGAUACAGAGGGCUUUGAGGAAGAGACUAUUAGGAUUUCCGAAAUUACAGUACUGUAACACAACCUCCUUGGACGUGUGGCAGAGAUGUAAAUUCAGAACAGAUGGGCAAUGCCGCCUCUCCAAAUGAACUUUGUGAAGUGAUUGCAGAGUCAGAGUCUUACUGGCAAUGCAUUAAUAGAUGUUUUCAUACUGUAUUACACCAGGUUGGAUUUUAAUAGGUCAGGAAUGUCGACCUGUCAAGGACCAAUCCUGACGAGGCAAAAAAAAAAGCCACGUUAAUGUCAAAAGAGACCCUAAUCACUCUCAGUACUCUACUAUACUUGUAGCAGCAUUUAUUUCUAUAACCUUUCAUUGUUUCAUGUCUAUGAGAGGGCAGGGAUAAGCAGGAAUGUGCAUAAACAGAGCAGACACGGGAUGAAAAUGCGUUCUGUGUCUGUUGCAGGCUGAGCUCGAGAUGCAAUGAGAGCGAUCAAAUGAUACUGUUAAUCACCAAGGUAAUAAGGAACGUGCAGACUCCAAGUGAUAUCGUUCGGUUUGUCGUCAGCACCACUUUUUUUGCGUCGUCAAAAUGUCACCCUAAGAGCUAUUCUAUUGUAUAAAUGUUUUCAGGCUCAUUUAUUUUAAGAUUGUUCCCUGCCAAUCAUUCUCAAACGCCUUUGAGCAGUACAACAUCAAUGAUCUGUUUUUCUCUCUUCUGUAGAAAAAACCCUAAGGCAGCUCUUAUUUGGAUGAGUAAUCAUAAAUCAAAGCUAUCUUUCACUGGGUUUGAGUUCAGAUUAUAUCCAUUAUCUUAUUAUGUAAAUAAUGGAGAUGGGACUGUGAUUCUGAGACUUUUACAUAACACUUAUUUAAACACUGAACAGACCCUGACUUCAGUCCACGCAAUGACACAGCUGUCCCAAGUCAAGAGAAAUAGGAGUAAUUUAAAGGUACAGUACAUUGUGGAUACAUGAAAUCCUUUUCACAUAGUUAUUUUCUCUCUUUCAAAUCCCAAUGUGCCAUACUUAAUCAGUGUCAGUACUAAACUGUUGGGUCGAGGAGCCAGAGAGAGAUAGAGCCUGAUUAGUGAGAUCUUCAUUUGGCUUCCUUAAUGCUUUGCUCUGUUCAGGUCAACAUGCCAAGCUCUGCCCUGGUGACUGACCGACAGGCUGACCUGCAUGGGUGUUAUCCUCAUCUCCCUCCAGGCCCCCCCUGCAGUAUAAUACAAUUUCCAGACACAUAGGCAUGCCUUUUUAUUCAGGAAAAUAGAACAGUAGAACCCAUGCACCCAGGGAAUUAAGUUCUUAAAAUGUGGAAUUGUAGAAAUUAUGCAAUUAGAUGGGUAUUGAGUACAAGCUCACUGAUCUGGGGUAUUUGUUUAAUGCAUUGUAUAAAUCUAUUUAGGUUUAUAAGCAACCAUGUACCUCACAGUUGAGUUACUUUGAGAGUAUACAGCUCUCCCAAGUUGUGCAGCGGUCUAAGGCACUGCAUCGCAGUGCUUGAAGCAUCACCACAGACCUGGGUUUGGUCCCAGGCUGUGUCACAGCUGGCCGUGAGUCAGAGGAAACAUCACCCAGCUGGCGACCAAUGUCAGCUUGCAGGCACCCACUAACCCGGACGAUACUGGGCCAAUUGAGGCGGCACACAAUUGCCUAGUGUUGUCCGGGAUAGUGGAAUGUUUGGCUGGCAGGGAUUUCCUUGUCCCAUCGUGCUCUAGCGACUCCAUGUGGCAGGCCGGGUGCCUGCAAGCUGACAUUGGUUGCCUGCAAGCUGACAUUGGUUGCCAGCUGGAUGAUGUUUCCUCCGACUCAUUGGUGCAGCUGGCUUCCAGGUUAAGCGAACAGUGUGUCGAGAAGCGAUCCGGCUUGACAGGGUCAUGUUUCGGAGGAUGCAUGGCUCUCAACCUUCGCCUUUCCUGAGUCCGUAGGGGAGUUGCAGCGAUUGGACAAGACUGUAACCACCAAGAAGGGGUAAAAGUACAAAAAACUAUACUUUGGGAGUGUAUAGUAAGCAAGAUGCUCAAAUUAAAAUAUAUAACAUCUGUUGAGAGUUGCUGUUUUUAAAUAUAACGUAGGUACGGCUCAGUGACAGUCAGAAUUAAUUAUUGCUUUACACAUUUUCCUGGCAUUGAAAUUGGACUAGACCCACAUUUAUGUUGUAGAAUAGCCAAUUAUAUUUUAGCAAAUUGCUUGUAAUGAAAGAUUUACUUCUGGAAGGUCAGUUAUUUUUCUCCUCACCAUUCAACAAUUACUGUGAAAAUAAUGUGGUACCAUAGAAUAAAUGAUGAACCUGUCAUGUCCAUUAGAGUUUGCACCCCUUGAUUGCUUUAUGUAUAAUUUUCUGAAAGAGUUGGCUUUGUACCAGUUUCCUGUGUUACAUUUUCAUUAAUGUGACUCACUCCAUAUGCGCAAUUCCUCUCUUAAAUACCAUCAACUUUUCAAGCAAAUAGCUUUCACGCAAACAGUCCCAAGAUCUAAAUAAAUUGCCAAUAAACUACUGUAUGUGAAAAACUGUAAAUAUUUGAGCUCUUCUCUCGUCCUAAAACACUAAACCCUGUUGGUUGAACAUCAUUUUGUUAUUUAUGUUUGGGAGGUGCCUCCAAGUUGAAUGUUUACAUUGGAGCUGUUUUAAUCAUAUCUAGCGGUUCUAGUUGAGAAGGUCUAAAAAAUAAGAUAAAAUCUUCAAAGAGUGCGAUAAAACAUGUAUAACAAAAGUGUUAAGCUGUACUGUACAUAAACUAUUUUAAAGUUUGUUGUAUAUUGUAAUUAAUACAGUAUUUGUACACAUUUUAUGAAGUAAAUAUGUUUUUUUUUCUCUUUUACUGUUAGUGACCGUAGUAAUUCAUUAAGAAAAUUCUGAGCAUUCAGGUUACAUGAAUACCUACAACCGUCCAAAGCAAUCAUAGAAAGGUAUGAAUAUGUUAUUUUACUUGUUUGUAUCACCAUCUCUCAUUUUACAGUUUAAAUUGUACUUUCCAUGAUGUGUUUAGUCUAUUGAAGCCAUCACAAUUCUGGACAUACAGCACUCCCAUGAAUGUUAGUAAAAGGUAAGCAGAGUUUUAAAUUCACCAAUGGAAAUCCAACUAAAACUUGAGAUUGAAACUUUAUUUUUUAUUUUUCAUGAUUAAUUCAUUCAAAAUGUAAUAUUCACCAAAGAUGUGAAACGUGUUUACUUGUUGUCAGUGCACUUUUUCCAACCUUUUUCAUACUUCUAUUCACUUAUGUCGGUUUGAAUGAAUGCCGUAUUAAUGUACAUAAUGCAUUUUGGCUUUUUGUUGAAAUACCAAUGUUGCCUUAUAGAAAAACAUUGUGUAAAGAGCAAAAACUAUGUUUCUACAUUCAUUGUUGUACUGAUAUGUGUGAUUGAUAUGCAUUUAUACAAGUACAUGUGGUAAAAUCUUCAGAUUUGAAAUAAAUAUUCUCUCUGGUUUGUAAAGCUGCUACUAACAAUCUUGUCCAGCAUUUCCAGACUUAGUCAGACUCAUUCAAUAAUCAGUAUUCACUGAGGAGACAAUGAGAAGGAUUGCAUUUUGUGCAUUGCAUUCAUUCUAUUUCAUUAUACCAGUGCUCAAUUUGGAUUAGAAUCUCUUUGACCCAAUAAGGGCUUAAUAACGACUUAACAUCUCUAACCACAGACUGCCAUUAAAACUAUUGAAUAUAAUAAAUAUUUGAAUGAUGAAGGAUGCUGGCUACACUGACUCCAUGGCAUGCUAACCUUACAUGCAGAUGCUAGACUCAUUGGAGUAUCUGAAGAUGGCCUAAGGAAGAGUGCCAUGUUAAAUAAUAGACUGUAUAUGUGGAUUGGGUUUCCUACUAUUCUUACUGUAGUUGGAUGGAAUGAGGUGUAGCAGCACUCUCACUGUACUCACUGUGAGUUAUAUAGCCCUAACAAUUAGCUGCAUCUCUGAUUCAAGCAAAUAAAGGCUUAUUGUGACAAUUAAUGCUCCUGCUGCUUGACAGACGAUUAAAAGGUGUUUUGUGGAUCUGAUGUGCCUCUCGGGCUAUAGCUGCAUAUCCUCCUGGGUCCUCCUACAACUUGUAAUAUGUCCCUCAAGUUCCCUGUGACUAUUUUCAGUCGCAUUUCACCAAUCAUUAACUUGGCUAAUAAUAAAUGAUGUCAUAACUGCAUGGUGAGUAAAAUUUUUCACAUACUGUAUGUUAUGAUUCCCGGUUUUGACAACUGCCUGACUCUGGACGACUUUCCCGCCUGCCUGAUCAUCCUGCCUGCCUGCCCUGACCUUGAAUCUGCCUUCCCUUCGGUACCUAUUGGACUCUGAAAUGGUUUUGACCUUUUGCCUGUACACAGCCAUUCUCUUGUCUACCCCUUUUUGGAUUAAUAAAAAUUGUAAGACUCCAACCAUCUGCCUCCUGUGUCUG